UGUUAGGAAUUAUUAGGGAUGCAGUAAGAAGCGUAGAAGAAGAAACCCGGAAGUGAGUGGAUUAUUAGGGCUGCAGUAAAAAGCAUAGAAGAAGAAACCCGGAAGUGAGCGGAUUGUCGUCAGACUGACAGCAGACACUGCUCCUGCAACAUGGCCGACACCUGGCAGAUGGUCAUGGAUCACGCCGUCGCCGUAGCGCGAAAAGCCGGACAGGUGGUCUGCGAGGCGCUGAGUCAUGACAGGUCGGUGAUGACCAAGAGUUCGGCCGUGGAUUUGGUGACACAAACUGACCAGAAGGUGGAGCAGCUGAUCAUCCAAUCAGUGAAGGAGAAAUUCCCCACGCACAGGUUUAUAGGGGAGGAGUCAGUGGCUGCAGGUGACACCUGUAUUUUGACUGAAGAUCCAACCUGGAUCAUUGACCCCAUCGAUGGAACCACCAACUUUGUUCAUUCGUUUCCUUUCAUCGCUGUCUCCAUCGGAUUUACAGUCAACAGACAGGUGGAGUUUGGGGUGGUGUACAGUUGUCUGGAAGAUAAGAUGUUCACAGCGAGGCGGGGAAAGGGAGCGUUCUGCAAUGGAGAGCCGCUGCAGGUGUCUGAGCAGACAGAUGUCCAUCAGUCCAUCAUCGCCACAGAGUUCGGAUCAAGCAGAGACCCGGAAGCUGUGGACAGAAUCUUCUGCAGCCUGAGGAACAUCCUGGGUCUCCCAGUCCACGGGGUUCGGGGAGCAGGCACAGCGGCUAUCAACAUGUGUAUGGUGGCGUCAGGCUGCGUUGAAGCCUACUAUGAAAUCGGGAUCCACAUAUGGGACGUGGCGGCUGGAUCGCUCAUUGUGUCCGAAGCUGGAGGAGUUCUGAUGGACAUAGACGGAGGAGACAUGGACCUGAUGUCCAGGAGAAUAGUCGCCGCCAACAACAAGAAGAUUGCGGAGCGAAUUGUGAAGGAGAUCUCCGCCUUCAGUCCUCCCAGAGACGAUUCUCCGCCUCCAAAGUGAUCGCUUCAUUUAUCAAGUUUUUUACUCGAUUCCUCUGAAUGUUUAGUUAAGAUUAAAACCAAAGAAUAAAAACAUUCAAAUUUGA